UCAAAACCCAGCAUGAACAAGAUAAUUGUGUACGACAAGGCCAAUUUUGAGGGGCUCAGCAAAGAGUUCACCAGUGAUGUCCCUGAUCUGCACGAGCUGGAUUUUGGCAACUGCAUCUCCUCUCUGAAGGUGAUCGGGCAACCCUGGGUAGCCUACACUACCUCUAAAUUUGAAGGGGAUGGUCUUGCCUUUGAGGAAGGGAAUUAUGAAGAGAUUGACAAGAACAACAAAAUUUCGUCUCUCCGACUGGUUCAUCAUGACCUCUCCGAGCCUCUGAUCACUCUCUAUGAAAAUCCUAACUACGAAGGCCAGAGGAAGGUGGUUCAGGAGGAGACCAACCUCACCUAUGGUUACUUCAAUGACCGGGUCUCCUCCCACGUGGUGCAGAGAGGUGUGUGGCUGUUGUAUAAGCACCCAAACCGGGGGGGAUGGUAUCAUAUCGCCUGGCCUGGGGAGCGCAUUCGCGACUACAAAACAGAGCUCGAUUUUGACGAUAGCUUGUCUCACCUGCGGCCGCUGCAGCCUGGCCGUCCUGUCAUCACUGCAAAGCUACUGUGGGACCAGAAAAAAGUGGAGGCUGAGAAGGAUGUUCUGAUCGAUGAGAUCAUAGGAACCAACUGUACGGAAUAUGAGCAAGCAUUCACCGCCAACACCUGCCGGGAGUACACGACCAACAUUUUCCAAAGCUUCCACUUCUGCAACACCACGUCCUUAAAAUUUGGCUUCUCUUUCCAGGUGACCGUGGAAGGUAGCAAUGUCUUUGUGGUGGAGAAGGGGAAACACGAGUCCACCACCACCAAUGAGAAGGUGGAGGUCCUGUUGCCUGCCAAGGUCCCUCCCUGUACCCAGCUCUCUAUUCAUGUCAUCAAGAAAGAAACCACCACCUCUGUCCCGGUGGAGCUCACCCUUUGCCAGAAUGGGAAAGAGAAAAAAGAGCAGGCAGAAUAUCGGUGCGUGUCAGGCCGUACUAUCAGCACCAGAUAUACCAUGACGCCUGUCUCGGCGGCAGAGGGGGCUUCCAAAGCUAAAGUUAUCCCCACAACAGAGGGGGGGAAUUCCCACGUCAAGGUUGCAUGUGAGGAUCAGAAGGAGACACUUGCAGCUCAUUCUAGGCCAGGAACAUCAGAUAAGAGCUCUUAA